GGGUCGUGGGAGGAAAGGAAGGCUCAGCCUGGAGGAAAGCUUUGGGAUGGGGAGGGGGUAUAAUUAUGGAAGUAUCUCCCUUGGGUCACUUCUUUUGGGGGAUGGGAAACGCGGAUAUACUUUAUGAAGAAAUUAAGUUUAAAACUGGGGAACAGAACACUUGUGGCAAGUGAGGUGUUAACUUGAAUGUUUCAGUGGAAUCGGUGCAAAUUAGGGAUGGGAGAGAGUGAUUUCAGGCGCUUCGAUUCUUCUGUAAGAAGAGCUAGUCCCGUUUCAGAAUUGCCGAGAGACGCUCCGGCAGAUGUCAUGGCGUUUCUUAUUCUCGGUGCUUGAAAACUUGUUUUAGUUGUGUGGUCGAGACUGUGGGCCUUUUGGAGGAAGAAACGUGGGAAACUCAGGAGAGGAGGUUUAAGAAAUCCGGCGGGUCCCGAACUUAACUAAGGGGUCGGGGUAGGAGUUUUGGCAGUUUAGGAGUAGUGGAUGAGUCUAGUCAGAAACUGUUCAUCGACUCUGGGCAGGUUACACAAGAAUAAGUGGGGUUGGGAGGAGACGCGCUGACAGAGUGUUGCCACUUCCUAUGUUCUGUACUUGGGGCUUUUCACCCGAAGCUGUUUAUCAGAGGCACACCGGGAACUGAUGUAAAACCCUUCUGGAAGCUCCAGUUUUUCUUUGGCUUGGGUGGGGGAGUGCGGGAAGAGGGUUGAGUGUGGUGGCAGCAAGAGAAGGUUAGGUGUACCUAUUUUUGCUUCAGUUCAUUUAACAGCCUCCGGGAAAAUUGGCUAUUUGAAACGAGGUUUGAUGCUAAGCUGUGGAUCCAAGUUGAAAAAAAUAGGAUUUUUCGAGGCUCCGGGGGAACUUAGUGAUUUGGCCCGUGACCCUCCAGCACAAUGUUCUGCAGGUCCAGUUGGGGAUGAUAAGUGUUUUCUUUUUCUAGUGUUUCAUUGGCAAGCCACAAUUAUGGGACCUAAUGACAGCCCAUAUCAAGGCGGUGUAUUCUUUUUGACAAUUCAUUUUCCUACAGACUACCCCUUCAAACCACCUAAGGUUGCAUUUACAACAAGAAUUUAUCAUCCAAAUAUUAACAGUAAUGGCAGCAUUUGUCUCGAUAUUCUAAGAUCACAGUGGUCUCCUGCUUUAACUAUUUCUAAAGUUCUUUUAUCCAUUUGUUCACUGCUAUGUGAUCCAAACCCAGAUGACCCCCUAGUGCCAGAGAUUGCACGGAUCUAUAAAACAGACAGAGAUAAGUACAACAGAAUAUCUCGGGAAUGGACUCAGAAGUAUGCCAUGUGAUGCUACCUUAAAGUCAGAAUAACCUGCAUUAUAGCUGGAAUAAACUUUAAAUUACUGUUCCUUUUUUGAUUUUCUUAUCCGGCUGCUCCCCUAUCAGACCUCAUCUUUUUUAAUUUUAUUUUUUGUUUACCUCCCUCCAUUCAUUCACAUGCUCAUCUGAGAAGACUUAAGUUCUUCCAGCUUUGGACAAUAACUGCUUUUAGAAACUGUAAAGUAGUUACAAGAGAACAGUUGCCCAAGAUUCAGAAUUUUUUUAAAAAUGGAGCAUGUGUAUUAUGUGGCCAAUGUCUUCACUCUAACUUGGUUAUGAGACUAAAAACCAUUCCUCACUGCUCUAACAUGCUGAAGAAUCAUCUGAGGGGGAGGGAGAUGGAUGCUGAGUUGUCACAUCAAAGGAAGCAGCAUUAUUCUAGCAGCAUCCAUCCUUGUUUAAGCCUUCCACUGUUAGAGAUUUGAGGUUACAUGAUAUACUUUAUGCUCAUAACUGAUGUGGCUGGAGAAUUGGUAUUGAAUUUAUAGCAUCAGCAGAACAGAAAAUGUGAUGUAUUUUAUGCAUGUCAAUAAAGGAAUGACCUGUUCUUGUUCUACAGAGAAUGGAAAUUGGAAGUCAAACACCCUUUGUAUUCCAAAAUAGGGUCUCAAACAUUUUGUAAUUUUCAUUUAAAUUGUUAGGAGGCUUGGAGCUAUUAGUUAAUCUAUCUUCCAAUACACUGUUUAAUAUAGCACUGAAUAAAUGAUGCAAGUUGUCAAUGGAUGAGUGAUCAACUAAUAGCUCUGCUAGUAAUUGAUUUAUUUUUCUUCAAUAAAGUUGCAUAAACCAAUGAGUUAGCUGCCUGGAUUAAUCAGUAUGGGAAACAAUCUUUUGUAAAUGCAAAGCUGUUUUUUGUAUAUACUGUUGGGAAUUUGCUUCAUUGUUUGACAUCAAAUGAUGAUGUAAAGUUCUAGAGAGUGAAUAUUUUGCCAUGUUCAGUUAAAAGUGUGCAGUCUGUUACAGGUUGACACAUUGAUUGACCUGAUUUAUGCAGAAUUAAUAAGCUAUUCAGAUAGUGUAGCUUUAGUAUGCUGCACAUGAUACUGGCAGCCUGGGAGUUCAUAGAUGGACUUGGGACCCAGCAGUUUUGAAACGUGUAUAUGGAGUUUUGAGAAAUUUAUUUUCCAGGUGCAACCCCCAUCUAACUAAAUUUUUUCUUCACCUUGUACACUUGACAGCUGAAAAAACCAUAACAUGGGAGUAAUAAUGGGUCAAAAUUUACAAAAUAAAGUACUGUUUUGGUGUGGGAGUUGUCAUGAGGCUAUGUUGAAGUGACUUAACUGUGUGGGAUGUUGAGGUUUUUUUAAUGGAUUGAUUAUCCAUUAAAAUGGAUUUGUUCAGCCAUUUACGUUAAUGAGCAUUUAAAUGCAACAGAUAUUUCAGGUGACUUAACAUGAAUGAAUAAAAGUCAAUGCUAUUGGAUUAUUUUUUGUUUGACAAGUGCUAUCUGUGCCACUUAUUUAACUUCUGUAGUAACGAGGGCAUUAUCAUUCUUCACCCUUCCUAAUUCUGACCUUAUAGUUUUAUUACUUUUUCCUAGUUACUUUGAUUUGUCCAUUGCUUUCUUAGUCCUGUAUUCAAUUUCUAGCACAUCUGUGGCUUUUUUCCACUUCCACAUUUUUGCACUGCUUACACUUAUGUGCAAUCUUAUUCCUUGUCUGCACACAGAUGUGGAAAGCUAGAUAUAAAAUAAAAGUUAAAGCUUGAUUUUUAUAAACAUUU